UCUCUCUUCACCCCAGUCCCCUUCUUCACCCUCUUUGCCGGAUUCCGCCGCCACAUCAAAGCUCUUCCCAUUUUCAUUCCUCAGAGCGCUGCCGUGCCUCCUUGGACGUGGAAGUAUUAUCUCGCUCGUCCGCAGAUCCAGUUGUGAGGGGAAAAAAAUAAACAAAUAACAGUUGAUCGCUCGCAGUCGAAAAGCGGAGUCAUCCACCUUUUCAAGUGCGCGCAGACGAUAUUUCUUGAUAUGUGAAACAUGUCACUAAAAAUCCAAGUUUUCGUUGACGGAUUAUGUGCAACAAAAUGAGGAAUUAAAUCAGACGAUUAUAAAUUGUGGAAAACCGACAUGGAUUGUUCGAAGACGUUGCUGACGAUCGCUGUUUUAAUACGAUCUCCUUUUGGAUUAACUUCAUGAUGGCAGUUUUUUAAUAGGGAAAAGAAUUUUUUACGAAAUUUUUAUCAACUGUACUUAUAUUCUUUCGAAUCUGUGAUGUACACAAACUAAAUUAUUACGAAUUCAAUUCUGUAGAAGUAGGAUAUUGUGUAUUUUAAUUUAUCGUUUUCUUAUUUUUUCUACUUUUGAUGAAAACGAUUUUCAUCAUAUAAACUAAUGAAAAAUAUAUCAACAGCUGUAGUAAGUCAGUUGAAUUAUUGCUGUUUGUGAUAAAAAGAAACUACCUUAUUCGAAUUGUUUUAAAGUGAAGAACUUUAUAAGUGUUUAAAUUUCUCUUUUCUCAAUGGAUGCUUCAUAAACUAUUAUUAGAACGAUAAUAUCGUCAGUGAUUUGUGAUAUUCCAAGCUUAUUCGUGAAUAUUUCACUUAUUUGGACUUCAUUGCACUUCAUCCAAAGAUGAUCAUGCAUUGGGCUUAUAGGAUUAUUUAUAUUCUAACGUUGAUCCUUUUAGCGAAAGGAAAUGGUUCCAGAAGAGGUGGUGCUCCUUUUUCUGCAGCACUGAAGCCUCCUUCCUUAGCAAAAGCAGAUCGCCUGCAUUCCAAAACUACCCAUUCCUGUGAAGGCAACGAGCUCAACGUUGAUUGUGAUGAAGGCAAAGUAAUUCGAUUAAUCCGAGCCAACUAUGGGCGCUUCAGUAUAAGUAUGUGCAAUGAUGAUGGACAUGUUGACUGGAGAGUCAACUGCAUGUCUUACAAGUCUUUCCUAAUCAUGCAAGACAGAUGUAGUCAAAAGCAGAACUGUGGUAUUCGUGUUUCAAGUUCUAUAUUUGGUGAUCCAUGUCCGGGUACCUUAAAAUACUUAGAAGUUCAGUAUCAGUGUGUUUCUCCUUCCUUUUUUACAAGCACAACUAGAAAAUCAGCAAUUCUAGGAAACAAUUCAGCUCCAGGAGAUAUAGAUCUAGCACCACCCGACACUACAGUGAGUGCAGUGCUGGAGACAUCUAGUGAAAUUAGUGAGAUUGCACCAAUCACAUCACCAUCUAGUUCCAGCAGUACUACAUCCACAACAACCACCGCCACCACAUCUGUUAAAUACCCCCAAGAGAACUUUAGCCUAGUCACUUCUACAGCAAAAUCGACAACUGAAAUGCCUACGACAAGUCCUAAAACAACAAGUAUACCAACCAUUCCACCCAAUCAUUGUCCUCCUGUUUUAAUGAGUGAUAUUCAAUGGAAUUGGACUAAAGCUGGCACACAAGCUAUUCACAGAUGUCCUGGAGGUGCCACUGGUCUAGCAAGGUGGCAGUGUGCAAGUGAUCCAGUCCGAUGGUUGACGCCCUACCCUGAUUUAAAAGAGUGCAGAUCUGGUUGGGUUGUGAGUUUGAAAAAGAGAAUGGAAAAUGGAGAGUCCAUCAACAAUGUAGCAACUGAACUGGCUCUGAUGACUUACAUUAAGCCUUUGUAUGCGGAUGAUCUUAAAGAUAUUGCAGAAGUCAUUCAGCAGACCUUAUCUAGAGCUAUUAAUGGGAUGGACAACUUCCAUGAUUUGUGGCAUCGUUAUCAUGUUUUAAGAGAACUGUUGCAGUCACUUGUGGAAACAAUCAGCAACCUGUUGAAAGAUGGGCAGAAUGCAUGGAAUGAUCUUCCUAUUAAUGAUCGUCGCAGAGUAACUUCAUCUCUAUUGGAUGGGUUAGAAGAAAGUGCAAUGCUAUUGGCUCAUUCAUCUGGUAUUGAAGACUCCUUCACACUAGCCGAAGCCAAUAUUUUGUUAUCAGUUCAAGUAGUGAAUGCUAGAACGACAAAUGCAGUUCAGUUUCCAGUAAUAAAUGAUUUUCGAGGUGAAACAGGCGAAACUGCAUGGAUACGUAUGGACGACACUCUUGUUUUGCCAGCACAAACUUUAUUAGAUGUUUCAAAGCAUGGUCUUGCAAAAGUAGUAUUUGUAGUAUACAGUGGAAUUGGAAAUCUUUUGAAACCAGAACCAGGGUAUUCUUUUCGAAGUGGAAAAGGGAAUUCUAGUUGGCGUAUAAACUCUAAAGUUAUAGCAGCAUCAAUUGGAAAACCUGGAAUGACAAGGCUGUCUCAACCAGUGAUAGUUACUUUCAGACAUUUAGAAGAAGAAAAUAUGACCAAUCCAAUGUGUGUCUUCUGGGAUUUUGACACGAGAGAAUGGUCUAAUGCUGGCUGCUGGGUCCAAUCCACAAAUGCUACACACACUUCGUGUGCUUGCAACCACUUGACUAACUUUGCUGUAGUCAUGGAAGUAACUGAUGUAAAAGAAGUACCAGUUCCUCAAGAUAUUUUGCAUGUGACAAUCACUGUAGGGUGCGUUAUUUGCAUCAUCUGUCUAAUUGUGACGAUCAUACCAAUAUUUCUAUUAAGGAGCUUGAACGGUGAUGCUGUCACAGUUCACCGCAAUAUAUUUGUAUGUUUACUCCUAACCGAAAUCGUGCUGGUUGCUGGUGUCGAACAAACGUGGGAACCGAUUCUGUGCGCAAUAUUAGCAGCUGUUCUGGACUAUCUACUUUUGGCUACCAUCUGUUGGGCCUUCCUGGAGUGUUUUCAACUGUAUGUAGAACUAGCAGACAUAUCACAACCGCAGAAAUCCCGAUGGGCCUGGUACUAUGGUCUCGCCUAUUGCGUGCCAGCUGUUAUUGUCAGCAUAGCUGCUAUUGUAGAUUGCAAAAGUUUGGGAACCGAACGUCUGUGCUGGCUUCGAUCUGACAACUUCUUCAUAUUCAGCUUCAUUGGACCAGCAGUUGGCAUCUACUUUGGCGGAAUGGUAUUUCUUUGUGUUGCCAGCUGUAUACUUUGUCAUCAUUCCAGUAUAACUACAACUAUUAAAGGAAAAGAGGAAGCUAAGUUGUCUAAGAUUAAAAUACAUAUUCGACGUGCAGUUUUACUCAUGCUGAUACUAGGACUAACUUGGACUACCGGCCUCUUGUAUCUACACCAGGAAACAAUUGGUCUUGCCUAUACUUUUACUGUCCUUAACUCCUGCCAAGGAAUAUUUAUAUUAAUUUUUUACUGCAUCACUGAUGAAAAGAUCCAGCCUGAACUUGAACGCCUAGGUGAUUGCCGCUUCCUCGGUUCUCUAAACCGCUCCAAAGGAAAUCUUCCGCCACCAGCAGCUCUGAGCCCUGGCUCCCCUGGCCAACACAGUGUGGGUAACCCCUGCCCUCCCCUCUCUGAGGUAUGUCAGGACAUCGAAAGCCCCCACAAACAAGGAAAUUGCUCUGUCAACCUUACUUCCACAACACUAGGUCCCCUAUAUACCACAUCAAUCAGCAGCCCAAUACAGGAGAACCAUACGGCUGAAAUAGCUAAAGUUCCCCAGCAAGUUUACGGACUACAAAAAGCUGCUGAGGUGUAUUCCCAAAAUAAUGGACCAGGAAUAAAUCAUCAAGAAUCUCCAUGUAAAGUUUGGCUGCCUUACGAGUGGCAACGUCGGCUGGAUCGACAGUAUUUGGGAACUGGUGACUUAUACGGCCCUUUCACUGAACACAUCUACGAAAGUGUCGAUGGUGAUUACGGAUAUUCUGGACAUCCAAGGUCUCUCGCUGGCGAGUAUUGCUACCGAUCUGAUGUUAGCCAACAUUCAUCAUCCAGCUACGGUUAUGACCAGAGACCACUUUUGAUUUUGCCUCGUCACCCCGGCCACGGGGAUUACGGUACUGGAAGACGUCACUCCCCAGACAAGCACCGCAGGCGGCACAGAAACCACAGGCGUUCUGUCGACGACACAAAAGCAGACAAUAUUUCUACUGUGGUUGUUGAACAGGACCACAUUCAAAAUGACAUUGAGAGAGGUGGCAAUCAAGUGCAACAGCAACAACAGCCACCAACAACCGAAGAGAACGAAUGGAAUCUCCCGGACUUGCUGCGUUGUCCCGUGGACAACACGGUUGUGAUGGCCGUGCUUGAUGGGGAGAAAGUGGUCAGUCGUGUGCAACCGGAAUGUCCGCAUUACAAUCUCAGUACUUACUGUUGAUAAUCAGCUUGUAUAUAUUUAUUUGUAUAUAAAAAAUGAAAAGUAUUCGUGUGUGGCGGCAUUUAUUAAAGGGAAGAGAGCAUACGUUUGCUUUGCCGUAACUAGGAACAAUGCUGGACAGAUGGUGAAAAAAAAAGAGUCUUGCCUGCCGAGCUUUUUGCAUUGCUGCAUAUGAACUUUCUGAAAACUGCUGAGCUUUUACAUCGCAGCUAAUAACUCAAAGCUCAAUGGAAUAAUAAUAAAUAGAAUAUAUUUAUUUUACACAAUUAGUCAAUCACGAGAAGUGCUGGAAAAAAAACUGAAUUUUGAAGAACUUAUAUAAUUUUUUUUCAAGUUAAUUUUGCUUCGCUAGUUACGGCUUUGCAUCCAGGGCAGCUAGUCGUACAGGGCCUAGUCCGGCUUGAUUUUUAUGUUGAUUUUUUUUAAUAAAAACGAAGGAAAAAAUAGAGUAUGUGAUGUACUCAAGAUUACUAUUUCUGUUUUUGCUGGAUGUCUUAAUUUAAUUAUGAUUCAAUUAAAGGAAUUGCAAUUCAACUAUGCUUUUCCUGAUUGUGAUAGAUAUUUCUUUUUAAGUAGUACUAGAUUCAAAAUUGAAAAUAUUUAAUUUAUUGUGCCAUUAGUUGUUGUUCUAUUUGAUGUACUUCUUUUUAUUUAACACUUUAUCUACCAAGGAAAAGUAAUUAGGCUACUAAAGUUUGGUACUUUAUAGAGUAAGUUAUUAUUUUUUUUAACUGUUAGAUUGUCAAGUCUCUCAUGACAAUUUUCUCAUUGCAAUUCAAUAUUUUUUUUUAAAUGCCCAACUAGGCUUUUAACUAAUAAAAUGACUUUCAGUCUGUGUGGUAGAUAAAGUGUUAAAAUUCAAUAAUUUUUUUCUGAAUUACGAAUAAUUAGUUUAAGGAAAAAGUAACAUUGAUUAUAUUCUUACAAUUUAUUAUUUUGAAGAAUUUUUACAGAAAAUUACCUAAUGUCAGAUGGCAUUUUAAUGAUUACAAAUUUUAUUAAAUUCAUAGAAAUUUUUCUAGAAGAAACUUAUUUCUUGCUUACAUUUCUUUAUUUUACAAACUGGAAAUAUAGAUUAAUCAUUGUAGGUUCUCAUUUUAUAUCAUUUUCUCUAUAUAUACGUAUCUCAUCGAAAAUGUAUUUUCAUUUACAAACUGGUGAUCUUUCUGUUACUUUUUUUUAAAGAGAGAGACUUAAACCCCCCAUUUCCCAAUGUUGUGUUAUAGUCUAAAAACAUUCAUAUUUUGAGGAUAUUUUUCCCAGUGGGAGAAAAAAAAAAUGAAACCUUUUUUAAGUGAUGUAAAACAUGUUCCUUUACUUGUGCAUUCAUUUCAAUGUUUAUAUGUGAUACACAGAGUUUUUCUGUACCGUGUUCAAUAUGCUGUGUUUGUGUUUCUGCAGUCCAAGAAAAAAAAAUUUGGAGGUUGUAUGUGUUUUCCAUUAUUUUGGACUGUUGUUUAUACAAAUUGCUUUGAUUUCAUCGUUUUAAUUGCUAUCAUUGUAAUUAUGUUUUUCUAAGGUUAUAUGGAAGCUGUUCAUAUUGUGUCAGAGCUAAUAAAUUUUAAAAUCUA